UUUUCACUACCCUCGCACCUCACCACCCCCUGCCCUCACCCUCUUACCAAGCAUAACAUUUGACACAAGCUAACUCUGCUUCUGUGCUCUCACUUCAUCAGGAAGCAAUGGAGGGCGAACUGAGGUUCGACGGACAGGUGGCCGUUAUAACGGGCGCUGGCGGCGGUCUGGGCCGCGAGUACGCCCUGCUGCUGGCGGCCCGCGGGGCCGCGGUGGUCGUCAAUGACCUCGGCUCUUCGGCGGACGGGCAGGGCCGCAGCAAAACCGCUGACAAGGUCGUGCAGGAGAUCAAGGGCAAAGGCGGACGGGCCGUGGCCAACUAUGACUCCGUGGAGGAGGGACACAAGAUCGUACAGACGGCCAUCGACGAGUUCGGGCGCAUCGACAUCCUGAUCAACAACGCCGGGUUCCUGCGCGAUCGCAGCUUCGCCAAAAUGGAGGAGAACGACUGGGACAUGAUUCACUGCGUGCACCUGCGGGGCGCGUUCGUCACCACACGUGCCGCCUGGCCCCACUUCCGGCGCCAGGAGUACGGCCGGAUCGUACUGACAUCCUCGGCGGCGGGACUGUUUGGCAACUUUGGACAGACCAACUACAGCGCCGCCAAGAUGGGUUUGGUCGGCCUGGGCAAGACGCUGGCGCUGGAGGGCGAGCGGCACAACAUCAUCACCAACGUACUGGUCCCGGCGGCGCUGUCCCGGCUGACCGAGUCGCUGCUGCCGCCCGAGAUGCAGCGCCAGAUGGCGCCCGUACACGUGGCGCCGGUGGUGGCCGUGCUGUGCCACCGACGCUGCCCGGCCGCCGGCGCCGUGGUCGAGGCAGCCGGCGGAGCGGCGGCCACCUACCGCUGGCAGCGCAGCGCAGGCAUCGCCGACCUGGAGCUCACCCCGGAGAAGGUGCUCGAUCAGUGGGAGGCGCUCGACGCCGCCGACCCGGCCGCAGAGAGCCCAGACACGCCGGCCGCCCAGAUGGCGCUGCUGUCGCGUCAGCUGACGGACGCCGCUGAGCGCGAGGCAGAGCGCCGGGAGGAGGAGGCGGCGCCGGCCGGGACCGUGGACGUGUCUCGCGCGCUGCGGACCCGUCUGCCGCCGGCGCGCUUCACGUACGGGCCGCGCGACGCGGCGCUGUACGCGCUCAGCAUUGGUGUGUCGCUGGAGCAGCGGCACGGCCUGCGCUACCUGUACGAGGCGGCCGACGGGUUCGCGCCGCACCCCAUGUUCGCGGCCGUGGUAUUCAGCGCUCUGGAUAUGACGCGAAUGGCCAGCCUGCCGGGAUUCCCCAUCGACCUGACUCAGCUGCUGCAUGGUGAGCAGUACAUGGAGCUGAAGAAGCAGCUGCCGCCGGCCGCCGUAUUGGAGAUCACGGCUAACCUCGCUGACAUCAUCGACAAGGGCGACAAGGGAGCCAUCGUCCUGCUGGACGUGCACGCGGCGGACAGCUCUGGCGACGAGGUGGCCUUCAUCCAGCAGAGUCUGUUUGUGCGCGGCGCCGGCGGGUUCGGCGGCCACGCCCGCUCGCAGGUGGCCCGGCCGUGCGCCGUGGUGCCGCUCCGCGCGCCAGACGCUACGCUCUCCGUGAGCACGAACCGCGACCAGGCAGCGCUUUACCGUCUGAACGGCGACCUGAACCCGCUGCACAUCGACCCCGAGUUCGCGGCGCUGGGCGGCCAGAGCCGGCCCAUCCUGCACGGUCUGUGCGGCCUGGGCGCCUCCGUGCACGCCGUGCUCGAGCACUACUCGACCGACCGCGAGGAGCCGGCCCAGCUCAACAAAGUCAAGGUGCGAUUCUCGCGGCCCGUGCUGCCCGGUCAGACGCUCCUGGUCGAUACCUGGCGGGAGCCCGGCUCGGCGCGGGUCGUGUUCCAGAGUCGGGUCAAGGAGACGGGGCAACUGGCGCUCGCAGGAGGAUACCUGGAGCUGCGGGAUCUGGAUGCCGGGGUGCGUGCAAAGCUGUAGCUGCGUCAGCCGAUCGGCCCGGGACGGAUUCAGGUCCAGUAGGGGGGUGACAGUCGCUCUGGUCAAACCAGCCGCUCCCCGCAGAUUCUCCCGGCCUGCUGGGGGAGGGGUGGCACCCAAAGUCCACAGAAUUUUAGCUUGGAAGCUCAACUCUGUCGUGAAUCAGGGGACACGGCUAGGGGAUGGAAGACCCAAAUGGUAGCGUCGCAGUCACUGAAGAUGGUAGACUUUGGUCGGUGUAGAUUACUGUGACACCGACAAUAAUGUCACGUUAAUGACAGCGGGAGGAUACGUACAACAGCUUAAGAUAGACAUCUGAGAUUUGCAUCCCCCGUAAGGUAGAAAUAUGGCGGUCCAAUAGAUCCACAGGGGCUUACAAUGCUUAUGUGGGUAAUGUUUAUAAUUGAUGGUGUUGAUGGUGAUGAUAUAAGGCCUUGGGGCUGGUUUCGUGAUAAUUAGCCAAUCUGUCGACUACGGAAUGGCGCCUGACAAAGGAGCUUUGGCGAUAGGGGCAAUAUGUACCUUUUUAUCAACACAGUUGAAUUCAACACAGCGCGUUGAAUCGAAUAUAUAUCGGCAAACACG